ACCACCAGCACACAAGGGUGGGGCUCUCUCGUCCUCUCAGCUCCUACACGCAGACAGACACACGCAGACAGACAGGAGCAGCUCACUCGACGGUCUCCAGCUUCCUCCUCUUGUCUCCGGUCUCCACCACCUUCCUCCACACACCGCCCUUCACCAUGUUCCGCUGCGGGAUCGCGUACCCCCGGUGCAGGUGGAUCGUUCCCCUGCUGCUGCUCUUCGCCAUUAUUUUCGACAUCAUCGCCAUCGCCGCCACCUACGGAUGGGUGGAGGACGAGGACGCCAAGUCCCACUACGCCAGCAUGUGGGAGCAGUGCCGGGGCAGGAACGACCACUGGAAAUGCGAGUCGCUCAUGGAGAUGUCUUGGGCCCAAGCAGUGGCUGCCCUGAUGAUCAUCGGCCUCCUCAUCCUCAUCGUCGCCUUCAUCCUCUCCUGCGUGGCUCUGUGCUGCUCGCUCAACAUGUCUCUUCUGCCCCUCAUAGCAAUAAUGUUGAUUAUUGUCGUGGUCCUCCAGGUCAUCGCUCUGAUCGUCUACCCCGUCAAGUUCAACGAGGAGAUCUUCGAGGGCACCUACUACUACACCUGGGCCUACGGCUUCGGGUGGGGCGCCACCAUCCUCUGCAUCGGCUGCGCCAUCCUUUUCUUCUGCCUGCCGCGCUAUGAGGACGAGCUGAGCGGCUUCGCCAAGAAGAAAUACCUCUACACCUCCACUUAGAGACAUUUCCUGCACACCCGCCCAGUCACAGCCACGUCCGCUUAACACUCUGAGCCGGACGUUGUCCCGGCCAUUAAACAUGUACAAUUUCAUCAUAUAUCCACGAUGCUGCAGUUAAAACCAGUUCAGCGAUGGAGAAAACCUCAUCUACCAUCCAAGAGUGAAGUCAGAAGUCAGGCGUGAUUCUUAGCAGGAGUGGACUGUGAUUGGCGGGAUCAACCGCUUUAAUGUACUGACCUCUAGAUUAAGUCAGCGUCAUUGAUGUUUUUUAACCAUGCUAUUUUUUUUACACAUUGUGCAUUUGACAACAUAUUGCUCACUUUUUACCUGUAGUCUUCAAUGCAAGAUCACCCAAGUGCACUUAACCUGAGGGGACCUCUUCCAGCUUCGUUUUCUCCUGAUUUAUCUUAGUGCUCAUAAAAACUUUGGUAAAAGGGCAAUUGAGGCUAAAAAUUCGGCUCAGAAUACUAAAGAAAUCGUUAAUCAUCAUUUGUUUUUGUGCACUAAAUGAGAGUUUCUCUGUUCUUCAGUGUGUCUUCGCUGUGCGUAAGUGAGCAAAAGCUUAGACUCAGCAGCUGAAUUUAAUCUAUACAUAUGCUAAUAUAUGUAGUUUUAGCUCUGCACCUUUUUAAUGCAUUUUUCUAUAAUUCUCGUUUGACUUUUGAGAUCUUACUGACUUAUUACCAAAGGGGUAUCACUGUGGAGUUUGCUGUGCUGUCUUCGUCCCUGUUUUGAACACUAUUAUUAUUAUUAUUCCUGUGUCGUUGCGGAUGCCUUAUAUGCUAGCGAAGAGGAGACGUGUGGGUUUUUUGACUUGGCUGCAGUUGUUGUUUCUGUCAUUUUUAGCUGAAAGCAAAUUUAGAUUCAGUUUCAAUUGAACUUUAGUAUUAAUCUGUUUACCUGAGAACGGUUUUACUUUUUUCCUCUAACGGUCCAAAUGUACGUCCUUGUCAAAGAUUUAAAGGGAACAAUAUAAACUCUCAUCCUGUGUUUUCCAUGUCUUCGCUUCAGAGUGGGUGCAUUUAGAAAAAAGACCAACAUAUUUUUAUAUUGAGUCACUUGGAAAAAACACUAAAAGUAUUCAUGUUUUGAUGCCAUCGUCUGGUUUGAUGAGACUAUGAGACGGAGGUAUAAAAUCCUCAGGCUUCUUCUGCUGUGUCGAAUGUAUUAUCAAACUGGUGAGUCUGGUUUUACUGCCUCUCACUUGUUCGCAGUUACAUUUUUCUCAGACCAAUUUUCUGCCUGAACACGACCAAAUUAUAUUGUUUCGUUGCAUGAGCGUUCAAAGGGAAGAUCUGUGACUGUUCUACAAUAAGCAUAAGCGUAAGGGCGGAUUCAGGCAGGUCUACACUUGAAGAAACUCUCUCUGUGUGUCUCAAACAUGCUUUUAACCACAGGAGUAAAUCUGUUUCCAGCUCCGACUUAAAAAAACUAAAAAAUCCUCAUUAGUGCGUGUUUGGGGAAAAAACGUCACUUUCAUCCACUUCUAGAAACCUCCCAGCUAUUUUCUGCUGUAGUAUGAACUGAUUAUUUUUGGUAGUCUGUACAUUUGAAUUCAAUAAAGAAUUACAGUAUUUUGAA